GGACAGGGACAGAGACCGAGUCUCUGCCUCAGACAAAGAGAGACUCCCUGGAUGUGACAAAGAGAGACUCCCUGGAUCUGACAAAGAGAGACUCCCUGGAUCUCCCUGGAUCUGACAAAGAGAGACUUCCUGGAUCUGACAAAGAUAGACUCCCUGGAUCUGACAAAGAGAGACUUCCUGGAUCUGACAAAGAUAGACUCCCUGGAUCUGACAAAGAGAGAGUCCCUGGGUCAGACAGAGAGAAGGACAAGGUCUCGGGCUCAAAUUCACAAAAAGUAGCAGUUACCGUUCAAAGAGAUGCCGAAGGAGAGAGGACUGUGAGGACAGAGCGAAAGACCUCCAGUGGAGGAAGUGGAGUUGGUGGAGGAGGGCGGUCUGUCUGUCUGGAUAAAAUGACCAUUGGCGAGAAAUUGGCCAUCACCAAGAAACAGACGGACCCUCCAGAGAAACCAAGUGUGCCCUCUAAGGAGAGAGGUGAAGGGUCAGAAAGAGCUGCUAAAUCUGACAGGAGUGUGUCCAAGGACAGAACAGAAAGGAGUGUCCCCUCUGGAGAGAAACCAGCUGCUGCUCAGAAAGAAGCAGUGAAAGAUGGCGAAGGGUCUGUUGUGAAGAAAAAACCGCGGAUCAGUCGAAAGAUUCUGACUAGUCACACUGUGAGCUCUACCAGCACUGCACCAACCCAAGAACCACUCAUUCAGUUGCCUCCUCGCUCCAAGUGGGAGAGAGAGGAUGACGAAGAGGGGCAGGAAAAUGGAGUUGAUGUUCCCAAGGAGCCGACACCACCUGCUCAGAGGAGCCGAGGCAGAGAGGUGCUGGGUGAGGCAACUAAACCAAUCAGGCCCGAAGCCCGGGAUUUCGUAAGAGAGGAGAGGAGAGGUCUGAGGGAGGAGAAGAAAGUGAGAACACCACGAGACGAGGGUAAAGGUAGCAGGGUGUCGCAGUCAAAUUCUGAAAAACCAACCAAACCAAAAAUAGUGAGGGAGGAGAACAGAGGAGUGAGGGAUGAAGGGAGAUCUACUGCAAGAGAGGAGGCAAGAGGAGGAGGGGGAAGAGAUGAGGGGCGAGGAGUGACAGGGAAGGAAGAAAGAUUAUCAGAUGCCAGAAGUGGGGGAGGACGAGAGGGGAGUCGUGGCCCGGAGCCCAGGAGACAACGUUUGUGUUCUGACUUGGGCCGUGAGACAGACGAGGCCGCCUUUGUUCCCGAUUACAGCGAAGGUGAGGGAUCGGAACCAGAGAGAGGACAGAGUGGCAGUCCCAGUGUGUCCCAUAGCCAACCCUCCCGCAGCCCCACCCUGAGCAUCCACAGUGACACGGCAACCAACAACACAGCAGAGAAGAAGAAGAAGAAACACAAGAAACAUAAAAAACACAAAAAGCACAAGAAACACGGCAGUCAGGACAAAGGGGAAAAGGAAAACAAGGAGCAUAAGCACAAACACAAAAAGAAGAAACAUAAAAAGAACAAAGACAAAGAUGAGGAGGAUGAUGAUGAUGAAGAGGAGGAGGAAGAGAAGACAACCGAAAAAGUUGAAGAGGAAGCUCCUUCCAUACAGGAGCAAAGUUAACCUUGUUGGGCCAAAAUCUGUAAGGGUGAACUCAAAAACUCGACUGAAAAGCUUCCCACUUAAACUGAGGCCCUGUCUUGUUCUAGAAUUGUGUUGUGGAUACGCUGAGUCGCUGUGCGUGCAGCACACGUUGAGAAACGUUCAAUUUUCUCAGUGCCAGCCAAUCAAAUCCGUUUGCAAAUAUCCCAAGGAGAGGCACUAGUCAAUAACAUCAGGUUCACGUGUUUUCACUGUUGCCUGUGGUUUCUGACGGACUGAGUGCACCCAACAAUGGCAAAUACCACAGCGCCAUCGCAUAAACGUGAGCAACUCUUGCUUCAAAGUCGGCCGUGACAGAUGCUGCUUUGCUAAUUUCCCCUCCAGCAGCAAGCGCCGGGCCCGCUUACCAACCACUGUUAAAGCAAUGCGCAUGCGUGAGUCGGCCUUUGCCUCUGUAAAAUAGGAGGGAUGAAAUCUGAAUGUCUACGACACUGUUGGAGGCUUUGUCACUUUGUCUCUGUGGGGGACUUGUGUUCUUAGUUGUUCCUUUUUUUUUUUUUAAUUAAAAUGUUUUGACCUGA